AUGGAUGCGUGUGACGACGAAAGCCUUGGAAAGAGUGUUGCACGCUAUGGAGAUGCGGAUGUUGAGGUGGACGAUAGGUAUCAUUCCAAUCCCAUCAUUGCUGUAUUGCUUCAAAAUAAAGGGAUGACUUCUUUUGGUUUCGUCAGCUCAGAUGCUAAGGCUCUACUUAUCCCGAUAUACCACAAUGGCGAUGCAAGUGUGACGAUGGAGACUGAGCUCAAAAUAAAACGAUUCAACCAAAUAAGUUCGAAGGACACCUCAUCAUUUAGUGUGCGUUUAAAUUCACGUCAAGUAUGCGUUAGGAUUUUCCUAACAGCGGCGCCGUGA